AUGGAUCAGCCUCGACCUCCUCUGCGGCAGUACACUGGAAAUCUCUCGGCGGUACGACCGGCUACAGCUUCGCCUGCACCACAACUACGCCCUCAGCCUUCCUUCCGGGACCGUUUCUGGUCCGCAUCCAGCUCAAACUACCACGGCGAGGACAACGUCAUCCAAGAGCCCCAAAACAACCUCACAAAAAAGGGUCCCUACGUCCCCCGGAAUGCAGCCUCUGGCUUCUCGAGAACCGCAAUGUCGCCGCGUGAACAGCAGCUCAGACACAAAGUCGAGAGACGGCCAAGCAAAGACUCCGUAAUCGACGUCUACGCUAGCUCUCCUCUAAGUGAGCUAGCGGCGGGCCACUUAUACAUCCAUACGGGCUCCGAGCCUCAGUCCAGCACCACGGACUUUGCCGACUUCAUGACGACGGCCCAGAACGAAGAGCGCCUUCGCCGGGCCGCCAAUGCCGUGCAUGCGCGAAGCCAGUAUCGCGACAGCGGCUAUUACUCGCCGUCUACCGGCGGCCGGACCGAUGGCCGCUGCUCACCGUCUGUGCCCUCAUCGGCUUCAGCAGCCGGUUUGAAGAAGCUCAAGUCACAGCCUUCGAUGAGGACGUUUGGGCAGCGCAUUGCGGAUUAUAUCAAGCCUCCGCGAGAUGAGUCCUUGCCGCCUAUGCGCCGGUGA